UCAGCCUGUCGCGUCCACCCUCGCGCAUUCCUGCCCUCGGCCUUUUCCGUCUCUCCAAAGCCCGCAGCUCCAGCUUCCACCAAUUUUCUUCGACGCCUCAGUCCCCACCAUCCCCAGCGCCCUCUUCACCAGCGUAUGCGCAGAGCCGCCCGGCGCACGAGAGGCGCGCCUUUUCGCCACUGCAAUUGACCCCACAACGCCUACCAUCCCGCUCCGACCAUGGAGCGCGCAAGCUCGCCCAGCUCCAAGCUUCAGCAAGCCUUCAUGAACGGCCAGAUGCCGCAGUAUCCGCCUCCCCCCUCGGCCGACCAGCAGCACUACUCGCCCAUCUACCCGGCUGCCGCCAGCGCCCAACUUCUGGAAGCUGCCCAGCAGCAGCCGCAACCGCAGUCGGAAGGCUUCAACUUUAGCCCGCCCACCAGCCAGUCCAUCUACACGAAAAUCGAGCCCAGCUUUCAGGACCCCAACCAAAGCCACGCCGGCCCCCACGAUGGCGCGUACCCGGGAAAUGGUGUCGGUGUCGGGCAGGUCGGGCAGGUUGGGCAGGUCGGUCAGGAACACCACGCGAUGCCGUCCAUGCAGCCACCGCCAGCAGGUGUGGCCGGCGUGGCCAGUGUCGGUCCAGACGCGUCGCACCAGAAGGCGAACCGGCUGAGGAAGGCUUGCGAUUCCUGCAGCAUACGCAAGGUUAAAUGCGAUGAGAGCGGCCCUCCGUGCCGCGCUUGCGCUUCGCUGGAUAUUCCGUGCACAUUCGACCGCCCGAGUCGCCGGAGAGGCCCACCGAACAGACACGCAGAGGCUAUCAAGAAACGCCGGUUAGAGUCUCCCAAUAUGAUGUCUCCGACGGACCCGUCGUCGCCGACCAAUGCAGCCCACGCUCUCGCGGCGCUUUCAUCGCACCCACCGCUCACUGCGGAAUCCAUUGCGCCCAUGGACACAUUGGAGCUUUUCAUUAAUGACUACUUCACCUACAUCCACCCGCUCUGCCCGUUCCCGCACGAGCCAAGCUUCCGUGAGUCAUUUAGGCAGCGGCAAGACUACAAUAACCGUCCAUUCCUAGCGCUAUUGGCCUCUAUGGUUGGUGCUCUGGUCGCGUCCUUCCCCCGGAAGCCGCGUUUGAUCCUCAAGGCCCAGGGUCGGCAGAAGCUCUUCCCCAGUCACCUGAGCUUGGUUCACCGGUGCCAGCAAGUUUGUGCUGCCGCUAGAGGGCCAAACAUACUGGAGCGUGACGACCUCACUGUUUAUGAUGCAGCGACUAGCUACCUUCUGGGAGUCUCUCACGCCUACACGUACCGCUGGCGCGCGGCACGCCUAUUCUUCGCCGAAGGUCUGUCGAUGGUUAGAGCACUAGGUUUGCAUGAUGUUCGGAGCGAAUUUUGGAACCCCUCAGGACCUCAGAACGGCGACGGCCCGCGGCCACCCGGGCCGGACUUCAUCACCCAGGAGAUGGCCAGACGCGUCUUCUGGACUACGUUUGUGAGUUGGCGGUCGAUGUCACAGGCCGGCGCAGACCACGACGAAUUGGUAAUAAUGCCAGAGACACCAGGAAGGCCAUAUCCUCCGCUGCCCAUGGAGGUUGAUGAUGUGCACAUCUACCCAGGGCAUAUCGAGCCGCAGCCGCCGAACGUUGUCCCAGAGAUUGUUGGAUUCAACGCAAACGUGCGCGUCUACCAGUCCUACAGUACUCUGGCGACUACCGAGCUUACCUAUGGCAUCAACGAGGUUUUUGACUGGGAGAGGCAGAGCAAGGUCCUUGAUCAAAGUCUCCGGUGUUGCAAGCGUGUGCUGGAGGACCUGCCCUCCGAGUUGACUGUUUGGCCCGAAGGCGCAGCUGAAAGCUCGGCGCAACCUAAUGUUUUCGACCCAGUCCAAAGCUAUAUGCUACCACGGGAUCCGAUGAUGCUGCUAGCGAUCAAUGGAGAGCAAGGUCCCGAGGAGAGGCGGAAAACGCAGUAUGAGAUACAAAAGGCCAACAUUUAUCUGAGCCAGCUGGCGACGCGCUCGUAUAUUACGGAAAGAUACUGUAACAUGCGCGAUAUAUACAACAACAUGAAGGCGCAGAACCAGGAACAGAGUUCGCCUGCUGUGGUUGCCGCUGGUUUGGAUGCAAUGUUGCAGGAGCAUGCGAGCACGGAUUAUGACGUACUGGAACAGGAAAUGACUGCGGAGAAGGACAGGAUCGUCAAGGACUUGCUGCAUGUGCUCCAGAGCAUCAGUCAGAUCCACAUGGAGCCGAACGCUGACAGCUUUACACACAAAGUGCGGCAAAUCGUGUCGACUCUUCUCAAUGUCCCGCAAGACCGCAAGAGCAGCGUCGCGCUGCAGGCCGAGCACUAUCUGCACCAGUUCCUCGACAUUCUGGUGCGCCUCGACCGCACUUCGGCGUCGUCGCUCGGCAACCCGGAGCAGCCGGACGACGAAGAGGCAGAGUUGAGGAAUUGGUCGGAUCUGAGGGAGUACCAAGCCAAGCUCACGCAGGCCGGCGGCAUCCUAGCCCUCCAGUAAAUGAGAGAGUGGGGGAGGGAGCCAGAAUGAGGAGUUGGCUGACGGAGAAGGGAGUUCAUGGAGAGUUUAUGUGAUCUUGCGUUAUUGCUUCAGAGGAAGGAGUAUAUCUUUUCAAGGAUGUUGCUGGGAAGGGGGUGAGGAAAACGGACGGGGAAGCAUUCCUUCCCGCACAUGACGGCCAUGGGUUUCGGAGGAUCUCUUUAGCUUUUUUUCUUUUUCGUUGGUGCCGAGUGGAAGAGGAUUUAUUUUUGCUUGCACAUCAUCGUCGUCCCCCCCCCCCU